AUGGAUCGUAAUGUACAUAAUGACUUGGCUCGAACAAGUAUUAUGUUGGAUUUAGCUACAAUCAAAGAAGAUAUUGGCGAGAUUGAUGACAAUAAUGACGAUGAUGAAUCAACGAAACAUGAGAUUAAUAAAAUUACAGAUGAAAAUGAUUUAUCAUUACGUUUACAAAAUCGUACCGACGUUGAAAAUGAUCUUAAAGAUGACGAAUCCCUAGAAACAAUUACAACAAUUGUACAUCAUUCAAAUGAUUUUAGUAAUCGUAGUACAAGUUCACCUAGCAUCAAUCUAACCGCCGCUCCAUUUAUUCUUGUUACACAUGACAAAAUUAGUUCAAACAUCGAAUCUCAAUCAUCAACGAUUGAACCAUCGACAAGGUCAUCAUCUAUCAACAUGGAUAACAUAAGUUUAAAAGGUAUGAAUCAAGGCGAAAACAUUUCCGUUGAAAGGUUAAUUCUUUGUUUUUACGGUAAAGAUUAUUUUGAUCGAUCUUCGUGUCCUGGUUCACCAACUUUACCCGAUAAACUUCUAUCGUCAGCAUCAACAACAACUACUUUAUCACCUCCUGGAAUUCAUUUAGUUGCAAGUAAUAAUAGUUUAACGAGCGCCGGCAAACGACGUGGUCUUGGCUUAAGUAGUGUUCAUCGAGCUAGUUACAAACGUGCGCAUACAGGAAGAUUAUCUAUCGAUCAUACACCAUAUGAAUUAUUUAUUGAAUUACAUGAUUUAAAGCAAGAUGCUAAUAAUGAAUAUAAAUGGCAUAAAUGUGCAAGAUGGAUUCGCUAUGAGGAAUCUUAUGACUUUGAAUCAGAACGAUGGCAAGCUCCACGAGUCGGCUGUUUGAAUUUCCAUAGUUUGCUUGAAUUACGUCGGGGCUUACAAUAUGGGAUCGUGUUGCUUGAUCUUGAUGAGCAAAAACUCGAACGUAUUUAUGAAGCCAUUAUUAACGAUGCUAUUGCCACUGGGCAAAUGAAUAAGGAUCUGAAAGAUGAACUCCUUCGGCUUUUAAUAAGUAAUCACAAACAUCCUGAAGCUCGUUCAUCUCGACGUCGGUCAUCAACGAUUGAUUUUCCGCAAUUAGCAGCGCGUCGGUCAAGUUUAGCUUUUCGACGAAGUGACCCGACUAGUACCGAUAAUAAUAAUAGUCGACGUAUGAGUCUCUUAGAACAAAAACCCAACGGGGAUUUGAAUAAAACUUUCAAAACUCUUAUUGUUCAAUAUGAUAAUAUUGCUGAAUCGGUUAUAACUGAUUUGCAUACAAAAUCAAGUUUCUCAGAAGAAUUACCACAAAAUUUCGAUGAUUAUAGCAAUGAAAAUGUUAAUCAAUCACAGCGGCCAUCUAUACCACAAACAUUUUCGUUUCGUCGAAAUUCACAAAUUCAACAAAAGAAACGUCGCGAUUCUAUUCCAAUUAAAUCCGACGUAAUGCGAUGUAUUCCAGGAAAUGCUGAAUGUGCUGAAGUAUUGAUUGGUAGUAUGCGACACUUAACUAGGCCUAUAAUGGCAUUUGUUCGUCUUUCAGAAGGUCAAGUAAUAGAUAAUAUGACUGAAGUUCCAUUGCCGGUACGCUUUAUUUUUUUGCUUAUUGGUCCAGCUAUGGAUGAAUACUUAGAGAUUGGUCGUGCACUAAGCACAUUAUUUAGUACAAUGGACUUUCGAGAAACGGCAUAUCAAGCGAUGGAUCGCCGUGAUUUAUUAAACGGUGUAAAUGAUUUUCUUACGAACUCGAUUGUUUUACCGCCAGGAGAUUUCGAUAAAGAACUUCUAUUGCCUAUAAUUGAAACAGCUAAAUUAAAAAAAUUGAAUGCAAAACGACGUUCAACACGAGCACGAUCUCAAAAUUCUGAUCGGACCAAUGAUCAAGACCGCAGACCAUCGCAAGUUUCAAAAAUUUUAUUAACGCAAAUGUCUACUUCAUCGCACGAUAAACAAGAUGAAGAUCCGUUUCAAAGGAGUGGCUUCGUAUUUGGUGGUGUCUAUCGUGAAAUGCGCCGACGUUACGAGCAUUACAAAUCAGAUAUUUUCGAUGCGUUUAGUCUUAAUUGUCUUGUUAGUCUCAUAUUUAUGUUUAUUGCAUGUCUGGCGCCUGCAUUGACUUUUGGUGGUAUUAUAGCUGAUAAAACGAACAAUAGAUUGGGUGUCAAUGAAAUGCUGAUUGCAGCAUCUGUUAAUGGUUUCCUAUUUGCUUUUGUCAGCGGACAGCCAUUGCUUAUUCUUGGACCAACUGGACCUUUUCUUGUCUUUGAAGAAAUGGUCUAUGAUUUAUGUCAAUCGUUGCAAUGCGAUUUUUGGACUGUUCGAUUGUGUGUUAGCCUUUGGACAACGUUUUUUAUAAUAAUUCUAGUGGCAUUCGAAGGUAGCUUUAUGAUUCGUCAUGUAACUCGAUUUACUGAAGAAAUAUUUGCUCUCAUAAUUGCUGUUGUUUAUCUCUAUGAACCAUUCAAGAAAAUUUAUAAAAUAUUUCAAUUAAAUCCAGUAUUAUGGAAAUAUAAUUAUAGUUAUCCAUUAGCUUGUUCGUGUAAUACAUCAUCUUCUAAUGAAGAUACAAAUCUCUCAUCUAAUAAUGGUUCAUAUUCAUCAUUAUAUUCGUGCUAUGAUUGCCUACCUACCGAACGUUAUGUGUCGUCAUCAUUAUUACAAACUAAUUAUACAACAAUAUCAAGCGAUGAAACUCAAUUACCAAAUAAAGCAUUACUCUCAUUAAUUAUACUUCUUGGAACGUGCUUUAUAGCAAUUGCACUUAAGCGUUUUCGACGAAGCAAUUUUUUUGGUCGGAGUUCACGACAGACUUUGAGUGAUUUUGGCAUGACUAUUGCUCUUAUAUGUAUGGUACUGUUCGAUAUGUUAAUCACUAAGAAUGCUGGCGGUCAUAGUUUAACUCAAAAAAUUACUGUACCAAGUUCAAUUCGACCCAGUGAUCGAGAGCGUGGCAAUGUUUGGCUAAUAUCACCAUUACGUAAACGGUUACCAGUUUGGGUUUAUUUUGCAUCUUCGUUCCCUGCUAUUCUUAUUUCUGUCGUUCUUUUUUUCGAAGUAGAAUUAACGAGUAUUAUGAUACAAUCAAAAUUAAAAUGUGUCAAUACAACUAAAUCUAUUAAAGGUACUGGUUAUCAUUUAGAUAUAUUGAUAGCAGGCGUUUUAAUAUCUGUCAGUGGGCUUUUCGGUCUUCCGUGGAUUUGCGCAGCACCUGUCCGAAGUAUUGCUCAUGUAGCUAGUUUAUCAAAAUAUAGUAAAACUCAUGCGCCCGGAGAAAAACCUCGUCUUAUCGAUAUAAAAGAUCAACGUGUAACAAACAUAGGCGUACAUAUACUUAUUGGUUGUACGAUAUUCGCAGCUCCUAUUAUUUGUAAAAUUCCCGUUGCCGCUUUGUUUGGUAUUUUUUUAUAUUUUGGUAUUGUAUCAAUAUCUGGUACGCAAUUAUUCAGUCGACUUAAAAUGAUGUUUAUUCCGACAAAAUAUCAUCCCAAUAUUGGAUACUUAAGACGUAUCCGUCAAAUGAAACGCUAUGCGUACACAUUUAUACAAAUCAUCGCUGCCGGUUUAUUGAUAACAAUAAAAGUGACUAAUUUCGCUUUUUUAUUUCCGUUUAUCCUUGUUCUACUUGUGCCGUUUCGCAAAUGGUGUCUUCCAUGCAUUUUUACUGAACGAGAACUCACUGAGCUUGAUGGAGAUGAACAACCAGAUAGCAUCUUCGAUGAUGAAAUUGAUUUCUAUGGUCAAGUUCAUUUGCCCAUUUAA